AUUAAUAGCUUUCAAAUUUUAAACACGUUUAACAACUACAAAAAGUCAUUUUAGGCACAGGCUCCUUCUUGAACGAAGUUCCAAUACACUACAUUGCUUAAAAGAAUUAGCGAACACAAAAAUGACGAAUUAAGCAAAUGACAAUUUCUUGUACAAUGCAUAACGCUUUUAGAAACUGGUAAGUGAAUGAUACUGUAGGGCAGUCACUUUUGUACACAAUGAAUUUGUACUCUCCGUAAUAAAUCUAGUAAACUAAACGAAGUCAUAUCCUCGCUAACGUCACGACGUACAGUGGCUUUAUAAUGGCAACAUCUUCUAUCAGGAAACUUACUGUAAGCUACUGCUAAUGACUAUUUGGGUGGCUCCACAUAACAGUUUCCGAAACUUUUUUUUCUGUCCAGAAAACCUCGGCUUUGCAAUACAUUGCAUUGAAUGUGGUGAGCUGCAGCUAUCACCUCGCCUGACAGUUCUCGAUUGCUCCCAAGGCAUCCGGAAAUUGGAGUACUUGGGUACGCAGAAACUUCCUUUUUUUAAGGCUUAAUUUGAAGCAACAGGCAACAUGGACUUGCUGGGAAUUGCUCUGACAAUGUGUCUCGUCUUUUUUUCCUUUUGCCUCUUCUGCACAUUCCUCGGGAGGAAGAGGCAAAAUGGGGAGCCACCGUUAAUUACAGGAUGGAUUCCAUAUGUUGGGAAGACUCUGGAGUUUUGUAAAAAUCCCUAUAAAUUUCUCAAUGCUCAAAAGGAAAAGUAUGGGGACAUCUUUACUGUAUAUGUUGCUGGUAAAUACAUAACUUUUAUUAUGGACCCUACCCUUUAUCCAAGUGUCAUUAAGCACAGAAAACAAUUGGAUUUCCGUGACUUUUCUGACCAGGUUGCGCCCGUGACAUUUGGCUAUCCUCCCAUCAGGAACCCGAAAUUCCCUGGAAUAGACGAGCACAUACACAGGGGAUACCAGCUACUCCAGGGCGACAAUCUGAGCCCCCUUACUGAGAACAUGAUGAAAAACCUGCUGUUUCUCUUUCGGCAAGACUACCUGAGUAAGGAACCCCAGUGGAGGACGGAGAAGAUGUAUUCCUUCUGCAGCAAGAUCAUGUUCGAGGCCACGUUCAUGACUGUGUUUGGGAAGUCCGGCCACACCAGUAGGCAUGCAGAUAUGGCUUCCUUCAGAGAAAAAUUUGACAAGUUUGACGCCAUGUUCCCGCUGCUGAUUGCUGGAAUCCCGAUUAAAUUCCUGGGAGCCACCAAAAAAAUCAGGGAAGACCUGAUCAACAUCUUUUUGCCAGAAAGAAUGGCACACUGGAAAGAAUCAUCAGAAUUCGUUAAGGUCAGAGCUGAGCUUUUUGAGCAGUACGAACUACUUGGCAGUGUUGACAAAGCAGCACAUCAUUUUUCCAUUUUGUGGGCCUCCGUUGGAAAUACCAUUCCGGCCACCUUCUGGGCCAUGUACUACCUAGUGAGGCACCCACAAGCCCUUGCAGCAGUGCGUGACGAGAUCCUCUGUGCUCUCCAGCUGACAGGUGAAGAAUCAGGCCGUGGUCAGGACAUUAUCCUCACCAGAGAACAAUUAGACAGCCUGCUCUAUUUAGGGAGCGCGAUAAAUGAGAGUUUGCGCCUGUCUUCAGCCUCUAUGAACAUCCGUAUUGCCCAGGAGGACUUUUUUCUGGAGCUUGACAAAGACUGGUCCGUUGGCGUGAGAAAGGGAGAUAUCAUAGCGCUCUAUCCCCAGAGCAUGCACAUGGAUCCAGAGAUCUUUGAGGAUCCAGAGAUCUACAAGUUUGACCGUUUUGUUGAAGGUGGGAAGGAGAAGACCAACUUCUAUAAGCACGGCCAGAAACUGAAAUAUUACUGGAUGCCAUUUGGUUCUGGGGCUACCAAAUGUCCUGGCAGGUAUUUAGCAGUGAACGAAAUAAAGCAGUUUCUCUCUCUGCUGCUGCUGUUUUUUGAGAUUGAAGAAGUUCCAGGAGAGGCACAAGUGAAGCUAGACAACAGUCGCGCGGGUCUCGGAAUCCUGUUACCUGACUCUGACAUCCAUUUUUGUUACAGGGUUAGAAAUUGUUAAGGUGAGGCAUGCCACAUAUUCUUCAACACACAAUAUGCGCAUACUCUGAGCUGUGCAUCUGAUCUGGAGUUUAACAGUGCAGCAAAUUACUCCUGUGUCUGAUGGGAAUUGUAAUCCUCAAGAAGCGAUCAUCUGAUUAUCCCACAAAGAAAACAUCACUGGAAAAGAAAGACUUAACAUUUUUGUUAUCGAGUGAAAGUACACUUGGCCCCAUUUAAUUCUGAAGAGAGAAAAUACAUGAUCUGAUGCUAGAAUUAAUAGUCAUUAUUUUUCUGGAGUCUGAAAUUCCCUUUAGCCUCACUAACAUGGCUUCCUUUAAGGUGAACAUGCUUGAAUGAUUGAAUUUAUGUGAGAUUUUGGUGAUUGUCUGAGUUAAUAUCUACACUGAUUGUAUGACUGCUGCCGCAGCAGGAAUGUCAUAAACAUUAUGAAAGAAAUCCAACAAAAUGUAAAGGUAUGACUGUCAGGUCCAAAUUGAGAAUUGCAAAAAAAGAAAUAGCACUCAACAGGACUAAAAAAACCUAUAUAAUUAGCCCCUUCUUUUUAAUCCAACAAUCUUACAGAUUUUUGCUUUGUUUUUGCUACAGUAUGUCCCUUACAAGAGAGUUGUGGUUGUAAUGUCUUUCCAACCUUAUAGAAUAAAUUGAUCAUCUGCAGAGAAACUCUCUUGUAAGGGACAAACCUAUAUAAUUAAAGGUCAUAAUUAUAUUUGACGUCUUGUCAUUUAAAAAAAAAUAUUAGUUCUUUCAAACAGAGAAAACUAAUAAUCAACAGAACUGGUGGUUUGAUUUAUGGAGCUACAAAGUUUUGUUUGACCGUAAGUAAAUAAAUUAAAAUCCAGCUGGAUUCAGCCCAAGGAUCAACAAGCUUUGGGGACCUUUAAAUUUCAAGGGUAAAUCAUUCACAGACUGUAGAUGUAAAUGUAACAUCUACAGUCAAACACAGCAGUGCCAGUUAAUAGAUAUUUGAUUGUAUAUCUUCCUAGGACUUGGAAGGUGAUGUUUUUUGAAUGAGUUUUUCCUGUUAUGAGAAAAUAAAAAAAAUAAUGGGACUAAUAAAACAUCUGUAGUCCUUUGGCAUCAGGACUAAGGUUUAAUUUGUUCCCUCUCCAGAUGCAUUUAUUUGAGUGGAAUAACUAGAGCUGUAUCCUGAGAGGCACUUGUGAAUGAUUUACCCUUGAAUUUUAAAGGCCCCAAAAGCUUGUUGAUCCUUGGGCUAAAUCCAGCUGCCUCACUCUGGCCCACACCAUCACGCUCAGCACUCCUCCAGUGAGUAUGAGCAAUGAGCGGUUGUGUCUAUGAGCAUCCUGCAUGGAUGCCGAAACAAAGGAGUUUCAGGUUAAGGUACUCUGGAGUGUCUCAUUUUUGUCUUUACAACCUUAUAGAAUAAAUUAAUCAUCCGCAGAGAAACUCUCUUGUAAGGGACAUACUGCAGCAAAAACAAAGCAAAAAUCUGUCACAUUGUUGGAUAAAAAAAAGGGGGGGGCUAAAAUUUAUGACCAGUUUUGUUCUCGGAUUACCCGAGUCUGAUUUUAUGUCUUUCAUAAUAUUGCAGGGGCUGUUACUUUGGGUAUUUCACUGAGUUUCGCUGUUUAUUACCCAUAACAUGCAUUUCAUCUUCAAAAUUAAACAAGGUCCUGAAAACCUGUGAUAUCCUGAAAGAGAUGUUUCGUGGUUUAUGAUUGGAGAUAUUUAUCUUUGUUUUAUUUAUGAUCUGCCUGCCUGCCUGUGAAUCUCUGAAAGACAGUUGUCAAGCUGUUCUCAUUUUGAAUUACAACCAGAUGAAAGCAAAUUGUAAAACAUUUUUAGGAGCGUUUAACUUAUAUUUUAACCCACGUUGUUAUCAACUCUUAAUCCAAGUUUUUAACAAUUUAUAAAAUCAAGCUCUCCAUUAGUUAAAUUGUUAAAAACCUUGGGACAAAAAUCUUUGUUUUCAUAAUGUGGAACUAUGAAAUGUGUAGUAGAGAUUUCUUGUCUCUAUAAAUUGAAAGUUAAAGGUGCAGAUAAAAAAGAAAGCAAAGUGGCACAAUGUACUAUAAUAAUAUAUAAUAGAAUUAGAAGCAUUACCUAAUUUCAAAUUAUAUAGAUCUUGUAUUUCUUCUUAUAACCUUUGAGAAGGUUUUGGUUACCAUAGUCUGAAAUACCAACAUAGAAAUACGGAAUACAAUAUUAAUAAAUGUUUAUAAUUACAAUGUUGAAAUAAAGAUAAGAAUUCAGUGUAACAGAGCUGCUUCCUGCUCUGUAUGCUUUGUCAUUUAAGAAGACAUCAUUGGAUUUUAGGAAUUAAGAAAUAGGAGUCAUUACACCUGAGCUAUUGUACCUAACUGUUUAACAUGGAUAAAUGAUUUGUUAUUUAAAUUUCUGAAGCCCAGUUUACAAAGGUUGUGCAGACAUUUUAACAUUUUAUUACACUUAAUUCCCAAAAGCUUACUAGUAGGAAAGCAUGGAUGUAUUACAAACACAAAAUCAGCAUUGUGAGAUGAUAUAGCAGGAAAGGUACUAUAGGAAAAUAAAGGCUGGUAUUACAUCUCUCUUAAUUGACUUCAGUCUGUUCUCUAAGCAAGUUAAAACUCCAAUUAAAGAGUGUAAUAUGAUCAUAUACUCCUAGAUAGUGGUGUUUUGAGAUAUUCCCUUAAUCAAAAAUGGAAUAAAAGUAGUCAUACUGGGAAAUUAUAUCCCUUGGAUUCACAUUUUUGUAGCUCAGGCAUCUAAACAUUAAUUGCUGGCAAUAUUUACAUUCUAAUAUCAUUCUGACGAAAUUAUUUCAUCCUUCUUGCUUCAUGAUUCAUCUCUGGUGAUUCAGAUAAUUUAGGUACUGUGUAUUGGAAACGACAGAGUAAUACAGCUAUACUCAGAUGAAGUAAUUUAAAACUAGAACUUAACUGGUGAUUGAAAGUUAGAAAUGUGGCAGAUCUUUGAAAGGGAUUGUGGAUUAGAGACUGGAGGUUGAUGUGGUCCCAAUGAGAUAAGCAGCAGACAAACAAAAUACAAAAUAGCAACAGAAAGAGAAAAGGAGCCCUUGGACCACAUUAUUUUAAAUGUAAGUUUAUUUAAAUAUUAAUACGUUUGUCAGUCAGUAGGUCGUACAUAUGAACUUUUACACAAUCAGUACUAUACAAUUCUAGAAGAUUCCAGAGAGAUCAUUAAUGUUUAGGCCCUUUAAUUAAAGGGGCAAAUUGUUUUUCAUUUAAAAAUAUAAUCGGAUUCAAGUGAGGUAAUUUCAGUAAAGUCUGUGUGCCAUACAUCUCUAAGCCAUGGAAAGGUUUCUGAUUAUGUUUCUUUGCCUGUUGUCCUCAUUAUUAAUACAAAAAGUAAUUUUUGUGUUUUAAUAAAAUCUAAAAAACUG